GCCUUGGCUUUAUUGAACCGCAUGGUUGGGCAGCUGAUAACGAGGAUCAGAUUUCACCUUUAGGAUUUGAAAUUAUCUUUCCCAGCAUGAUCAAGUAUGCAGAGAAACUGAAUUUGGAUCUACCUUUGGAUCUUAACCUUGUAAAUAGGAUGCUCUGCGAACGCGAAUUAACAAUUGAAAGAGCCCUAAAGAAUGAAUUCGAGGGGAAUAUGGCAAAUGUUGAAUAUUUUGCUGAAGGGCUCGGUGAAUUAUGUAAUUGGAAAGAGAUGAUGCUUCAUCAGAGACACAACGGAUCGCUCUUUGAUUCACCAGCCACUACGGCAGCUGCCUUGAUUUACCAUCAACACGAUGAGAAAUGCUUUGGGUACUUGAACUCAAUCUUGAAACUGCUGAGAAUUGGGCACCAAGUUUGUUAUUGGUUCUAUCAAGUUUUAGGAUUUUCCCUUGAGUAUUUGAAAAGAUUGACAUUGAGUACUGUACCAUUGGUUUACUGCUUUGGUCUAUUUUGUCUGGGAUUGUCAUUGCUGAUGUGUUGUUUUGUUGUUGCUGCCAUUCUUGUUGUUGCUGCUGCUGACUCUUUUGCUUCCACUUCUUCUUUGCAGUUCAGUAUCCAG